CCUCAACAUAAUACCUCGACCAAACAUAACCUCUAAACAACAACAAUCGCGUUUGACACGUGAAUUCCCCGACAUUAGUGUUAUCUUCAUCUUUUCUACUGCGAAAAGAAGAGUAUAAUAUGGAAGACUUCGUUCCGACUCGUUGUGCCCAAGUGAACAAAAACCAUGAAAAGGAUUUCCAGAGUGUCACUUACAUAGCUCACAAGAAGAAAAUCCCAUCUCCAGAUGCCGAUUCUCAAUGCAAAUCGCAGCUAGAUAGUGGAAAACCUUCAGUUGAAGAAGCUAAACGUCAGCAGGAACGGGAAAUGAAGAGACUCCGUUGGGAUGUCAUGAAAUUCGGAGCCUCCGGGUUCUCCGGAGCCAGGAAGAACCAAGCAAAAGUCGCUCUUGUCCUCCAACUCGGUGGGAAACCAGUGAAAAGUCGGAAGAACGAGAAUUACAAGGAGCUGAAGGUGAAGAAGGCCAGGGAGAAAGCCCGAGUGGAGAGGAUAAAGAAGAAAGAGUCAGGUUUUUCUCAUAGUUUAGUUAAAGUUAAUGCAAAGACAAGGAGGAAAAAGGAGUCCGGUAUUUUGGAGGUUUAUGGAAAGGUGGAGAAGAAGAAGAACAUGAGGAGAUGACGAUAAUUAUAUUUCAAAUAUUAUUUAACUAUUGUUAGUUUUCCGAGAUGAAGAAUUCAUUUUUUCAUUGUUCAUCUCCAAAUUAUUGUAAAAAUAAUUGAUUCUGUGAAUGAAGACAUAAAGGUAAAUGAAUAUAAAUAGUGUGUUCCAAUUA